AAUCUGAUUGGCCAAGAAAGUCAUAGAAUUUUGUCUACUCUUUUCUGAGUGAACGGAAUGGGGUGUGAAAUUUGCUCAACUCUUGGAUAUUGAAAGGAAUUCUCCUUAGUUUCUUUAUGUUUCUUAGCAGAGUAUAUCGACAGGCGUUACAGCUUUGUGCAACCAGAAAUUAUGCUCGUUUCAUGCACGCAGAAUCUGGAAAAUGCGCCAUUAAUAAUGUCGAAUUGUAUUAUGAAAAAGUUGGAGACGGACGUAAGGUGCUGCUUUGUCUUCCCGGUGCCUUAGGCUCGACACGUUCAGAUUUUGGUCCGCAACUUGAUGCACUAACCAAGGACUUCACUUUGGUGGCUGUUGAUCCCAGAGGAUAUGGUAAAUCGAUACCACCAAAACGUGAUUUUCCUUUAAACUUCUUCCAUCGAGAUGUAGAGGAUGCCGUUGGUCUUAUGAAACAAAUUGGUUAUGAAAGGUUCUCGAUUCUUGGCUGGAGUGAUGGUGGAAUAUGUGGUUUAAUCCUGGCUGGCAAACACCCGGAGGUUGUGGAAAGUAUGGUUGUGUGGGGAUGUAAUGCUUCUGUGACUGAAGAAGAUCUUAAGUUGUAUGAAGCUAUUCGAGAUGUUUCCAAAUGGAAUCCAAAAAUGAGGCAACCUUUAGAAGAACUUUAUGGUGAUGGUGUUCAAGAUCUCUUUAGUGGCUGGAUAGAUUGUUUAACUCGUAUUUUUCAUGAGCAUGAAGGGAACAUCUGCCAAGAGUUUUUAUCAAAAAUUUCUUGCCCAACAUUGAUCAUACAUGGUGAAAAAGAUCCCCUUGUGCCCACAUUUCACCCUCAGUAUAUUCACAAAAACGUUAAAGAUUCAGUAUUGCAUUUCAUGCCAGAAGGUCGUCACAAUCUGCACUUGCGUUUUUCUGAGGAGUUCAAUAAAUAUGUUACCGAUUUUUGUAAUGUGUAAUACAAUAAAAUACAGAAAUUUUAUCCAAA